AUGUCUUUUGUCUCGGAGUUGGCACCUGUCCCAGAGAGCGCGUUUCCCUGCCCACCCCUUCGCCGCCGGAUCGGGGCGGGGGAGGGGGUACGGGGGACCCGGAGAGGAGGGGACGGGGAGGUGGGGGUGGGGGAAGCAAGGCGCCUACGGGCCCCGCAGCCAGGAGAGACCUCCCGGGGACAGCGGCCGUGCCCGCGGGCCCGGGCGCCUCUGUUCCGCGGGGAGGUCAAGGCUUCGGCUGUGCCCGGAAUACCAACGAAGCCUCGGGGGCCCCCGGCCGUGCCCGCUGCGGGCGAGGACCGGCCGCGGCCCCUCCCUGACUCCCACCCCCCGCCCCGCUCCGCCGCGCACCCUCCUCCGGGGGCCGGCGCGCGCGGGCGGGGCGGGCGGCUCGAGCAGCGGAUUCGCCGCCCGAACCCCGCGCCUCACCCCGCAGGCCCGCGUGCGCGCCCCCGCGGGCACGCCACCCCCGGCGCUCCCCGCCGCGCGCCCCCGGCCCGCGGCCCCGCCCGCCUGCCGGCGCGGCCAGGGGGCACCGCGCCGCGAGGACCCCAUCGGCCUCCAGCAUCGCGCCCCGGGGCCGCGCGGCUGCGGGGACGGGCGGGCGCGAGCCCUGGCCCCUGCUCGCCCAGCCGCCCUGGCACCGAGGCGGCUGCCGGAGCGCGCUCGGCGGCUGCGUUCCGAGGCGCCGGCUGCCAUGAUUGCGGGCAGGAGGGGCGCGCGCGCAGGCUCUGGCCCGGCUCAGAGACCCGGGGCGGACCGACGGUCUCCCGCCUGCGCGCAGACCCGUACGCGCCGCGGACGGCCGCUAGGGUAGCCGGCUCGGCACUGCAGGGGCCGGCGUGUGCCCCGGAGCUCUGGACAAAGUCCCGGGCCAGGGCUCGGGGUCGACCGCGGCGGCGGGCUUCCCCCAGGGCAGGAAACAACUUCCUGCUCCGCUGGCCCAGGGCGGAGGAGCUGCGGGGGGUUCUAGGCCUCAGCUUGGCUCCUGGAGGCGACUACACUGCAACACCCCGGGACCGCUCGGCUCCUUUCCGCGCCCCCUCCCGGGGGGGUCGCGACAGGCCGGGCUCCAGGGUCCCGCCUCUGGUUAUAAUGCCAAGGAGGCCUCAGCAGCUUUUUUCCUGCCGCCUGAGUGGUUUCCCCGCAGAGAGUCCGGCCUGGCCCUCUGGCGCUUGGGGAUGACACCGGGUCACUAUACUCAGACCCCCUCUCCCUGUCCGGGCAUGAACCUCUAUCAGAGCCAGAUGGACCUGGCUGUCCCCGGACGUCCGCGACGGGGGCCCAAGAGGAACAAGGCCUCUUGGGCCCCAUCCCAAUGUCUCUCUGUGCCUGUCUCCCCCCGCCCCCCAAGCCGGCCUUGGCAUUCUAACCAGUGUCCCUUGACGUCACAUCUCGCCAUUUCUGUCAACCAAUUGAAACUUGCUCGUUGUCAUAAAAAUAUAUAUACUUUUUAUGCCAUUGGUGCAUUCAAAAGUUCCUCGUGUGCCCUGCUUCCCAGGAAACUCCAUCCCAUAUUGGAUUGGACUGCCCAGAAAGGGGAACUGGCUGACCGAGGCAGG